UUUAAUUCUGGAGUGGUUUGAGCAUUUCUCCCAAAAAAAAAAGAAAAAUGUUAGUUCUAUGAAGGACUCUACGAAUACGACAAAAAAUAUGAUCGUUCUUAGCCUUGUCUUGAUGAAGUAGGGCAGAUCAAAUCUGAGGAAGCUAAGCAAAAAUCUGAGUAGGAGUGGAGUGCUAACUGAACUGGAGCGGACCGGAGCAGAGCGGAACUGGGCGUCGGAUCUGCCCCUCGUCGACUCUGAGAGGAACUGAGCGUCGUCGAACGGAUCGGCGGAUCUGAGGAUCGACACGAACUGGGAGUCUUCAAACUGAAGGAGUCGUCUUUUACAGGCAAUGUCUUCCUACGAUAAUGUUGUUGGUGGGAAGUUGAAGCUUAAAGGGAAAGCUCUCGAUGUGAAAGUUGGUGGGGUGAAGAAGAAAAAGAAACUUAAAAAGAAUGAAGAUCAAAUAUCUCGAGAACUGGAAAAUGAGCAUCCAGCAGGUGGAAGUGCUGCAAGUGGUGAAGAGCCAAGUGAUGCGAAUGAGGAAGAAAUAAAUGAAGCCAAUAAGUCAACGGAGGAGGGGAAGGUUCCUCAUUAUGAUGAUCAUCUAACACCGGCUGAAAGACGCUAUAUUGAACAGAAGGAGAGAAUUGAUGUUCAUAGACUGGCUAAGAAAGCUAAUAAAUCUCAUCGUGACCGAAUCCAGGACUUUAAUCAAUAUCUAGCAAACAUGAGUGAGCAUUAUGACAUUCCUAAAGUUGGUCCUGGCUGAUUCUUUUUCUUAGUUUCCAAUUUGUGGAUGGGAUGUAUUGUGUAGUGGCCAGACCCUACGUGAACCGAAUUGCGUUAAUGUUGGCAGAAAGAACAAACUCUUGUUAAUUAGUGGAUGAUGUGUAUGGAUAUGGCUAUUGAUACUUCAGACUUAAGUUGGAAUCUACUUCUAAACUGCUUCCCAGUUCCCA